GGUUCCUGCGAUGCUGCCUGGCGCCUAGUGUGAGGUUCCGCGCCUCUGCUGUUCGCCCCGUGGGCUCUAGAGCCGGGCUGCGCGCCGCCGUCCUAUCCGCACGCCCCUUCCCGCACCGACUUGUCUGCUCUAGGAUCUUGGAUAUGGAUCUUCUUCAGUUCCUCUUUGUCCUGCUAUUGUCUGGGACAGGAGUCACAGACACCCUGAAGACCUCCCUGGACCCGAGCCUGGAGAUCUACAAGAAGAUGUUUGAGGUGAAACGGCGAGAACAGCUGCUGGCCCUGAAAAACCUGGCACACCUAAACGAUGUCCACCAGCAGUACAAGAUUCUUGACGUCAUGCUCAAGGGGCUCUUUAAGGUGCUGGAGGACUCGCGGACAGUGCUCAUUGCUGCAGAUGUGCUCCCAGAUGGGCCCUUCCCCCAGGACGAGAAACUGAAGGAUGCUUUCUCCCAAGUAGUGGAGAACACGGCCUUCUUCGGUGAUGUGGUGCUGCGCUUCCCGAGGAUUGUGCAUCACUACUUUGACCACAAUUCCAACUGGAACCUUCUCAUCCGCUGGGGCAUCAGCUUCUGCAACCAGUCGGGCGUGUUUGACCAGGGGCCCCACUCGCCCAUCCUUAGCCUGAUGGCCCAGGAGCUGGGGAUCAGCGAGAAGGACUCUGACUUCCAGAACCCAUUUAAAGUAGACCGCCCAGAGUUCAUUUCCAGCACCGACCCUUUCCAGAAGGCCCUGAGGGAGGAGGAGAAACGCAGGAAGAAAGAGGAGAAGCGGAAAGAGAUCCGAAAGGGCCCACGGAUCUCAAGAUCCCAGUCGGAGUUAUAGCCGGGAACAGCGCAGGGCUCAAGGGGCCAGGAGGAGACAACUCUGGAGGAAGAGGCGGAGGCAUCGACUGGUGGUGAGAGCUGGCCCCUGUGAACAGGGAGGUGGCAUUUGCUCAGCCCCCUGGAGCCGGCUCUGCGCCCUAACAGAAGUGACUGGGCCACAGAGGACUGAAUUUCCUUCCAGGGGCUUCCCUGGAGAGGGUGCCAAGGGGGUCUUCAGAGGAUGCCAUGCUGCAGAUCAAACCAUGUCGAGAUGCUGGGGGAGGCUGGAAGGAUCCCAGGCUGGACUCUCCCUUUGGGUUAGGACCGCUGGCCAGCUGGCUGCCGCCCUUGAGGAGGGCUCUGAGCCACUUCUGGAAGUGCCGUGCCUGCUGCUGGCCCCACUGUGGCACUGUGCUGCCCAGCACAGGUCCCAGCCCCCUGCAAAGGCACAGUAAAAGCCAGCAGACCCUCUGGGCUAACAGAGGCCAGUUUGGGCCCCAGGGAGCUGUGAGCCCUUUCAUGGGCCAGGGGCCUGGCAAGGCAGUGAAGCAGGGCCUUGGCUUAGGUCUCCUAGUCCUUUCUCAGCACUGUCCUUCAUGAAGGAGUGUCCAAAGGUGUUCAGCCAAAGACUGUAGAGCAGCAUGAUCUCUGUCCCAUCAGAUAUUGGGGAUAGUCCAUGAACAGGUGCAGGGUAGAAUCAACGUGUCAUCUCUGGCAACCCCAGGAGACCCUUGGCCUGUGGGUAGGCGAUGUCAGGGGACAGGCUCUAGCUCUGCAGGAGGCUGUGCUUUGUAAUGGCAGGGCUGCCCCAAGCUGGACUGGUCAGAGAGCUCCCCAUGGCAGAGACCAGGGGCCACAGAGCAGGGAAGCUGCAAGGGAAUUAGGCCCCGAAUUGGCAGCUACCCUUUAAUCAUGUCCCUCCCAGGCAGAGGAGGGAGGGGCUCCGGUGGGAAUUCCAGUUCAGUCUCUUUGACCUUGCCAAGCUAGGUCUGUGUCUUAAAAGGGGAGAGACAGGGCGCCUGGGUGGCUCAGUUGGUUAAGCGACUGCCUUUGGCUCAGGUCAUGAUCUUGGAGUCCU